GGGCACAGACUCCUCAGCCUCGGUCCAUUGAUAGUGGUGGUACCACUACGGAGGAAACGGCCGCAGCCAUGUCCGCUUCGACGGCGCCACGCAGGCAAGCCGUCACUCGACAACAGCGUAGCGUGCACCUCGACUCUCCCAAUCCAGCAGCCAAGCCUCCAACACCUGAUGGACCGACGUUCCGUGACCUCCUCAUCUUCGAGGAGCGACUCAAACAAAAUGCAGCUCGUCUGCUGCGACGCAAACGCAAGUACCAGACUACUCUAGCAUUGCUGUGCUGUGCCAUCCUCUUCCUGGGCUAUCACGUCGCAUUCCUUCCCAAGGCCUACCUGCCGCUGCAUUACGCCCAGCUAGCUCUGCUCGUCGUAUGCUCGACGACACUCUUCCUCUUCUUUGCCUCGGGCAUGUAUGCAGAGCGCAUCGUAGCUGCAAAUCGAUUCGUGCCACAGGCCAACAGGGCAUUGAGACCCUUCAACAUGUACCUCAAUACCAGACCCCCGCCUACCAAGUCAUGGUGGAGGAGAGCGCUACCCUUUAUCUCCUCGACGUCACCUACCGAGGCAGGACCACACGCUCCCCGCUCACCUGGCAACAAUGCUUCACAGACACGCCUUGUCCGCGGCCCGCCUUCACCGACCAGCAGCGGCGAUGCGACACCCACAGUUCGCCGUGUUCCCAUCCCUCCCAUCCCGCCGUCUUCAAAUCCAAGAGGCGAGAUCAUCUUCUCUAAUCGUGUGGCCCCCAACUUCCGCGAAGGCUACGAGAGAUACAGGAACGCAUUCGAGAGGCGCAGACGGGAGAAGCUCGAGGCGGCGAGGCAGGAAAGCUCCCCUUGGCGCUUCACCAAUUGGGUCACAGGAGGCCAGCAGGGCCAGCAGAGGGCGGGACCGGACGACCAAGAAAAGCAGCAAGGGACGCCAACAGGCGGUAUACCAUUAUCCACUCCAGCGCGAUCCCCCCGCACAGGCGGUGGCCGCUCAGCCAGCCCCACUGCCAAGGCACGCCAUCAGCUGUGUCGAGAGCGAUCAGAUUCAGCCGCUUCUUCGACGUCGGCAGCAUCGGGCGCCUCCCAUCACUCUGCCGGUCCAGAGGCCCCCCCACGUAGUGUCAGUCCGCGAACUCGAGCGCGUGAGCUUGCAGCUGAGGCAGAUGCAGCAGGAGCUGAAGGUCGAGACAGUCGGCGCUCCUCCAUCUCUUCGAGCGGGUCGUCUGCUGAGGGCGGAGCGAGGAAGAAGAACAAGAAGAAGGCAGCAGCCGUGGAGGGCAAGAAGAAGAAAAAGGCCGCCGCAGCGACAGGGGCGACAGAGGGCGGCGAGUCCGACGCGGCAACUACGCCUGCCGAGGAGGGACAAGCAGAGCCAGCGGCGGACCGUGGCAGCUGGCAAUCCGAGCAGAAGAGCGCCUUUCACGAUGGCAGCGUCGCUACGAUGUCGGAGGGCGAAGAAGGCUGGAUCCAGGUAGCUCGACGCUGAGUAGCUCGACGCUGAGUAGCUCGACGCUGAUGCGAUCAGCUACCCGUCAACCCUACACGCGUCGCUGCUUGUCAAUACCUUGAAUUACAACAAGCGCGAUUGCGCCCCAUCCUCCGCGCUUUCAUGACUCGAUCCUCGCCCUCGUCACUUUUUCACAGCCCCGAGCAACGCCGCCGCCCCUGCGGCUCCCACCGCGCCUCCGGACGCCGCGGCUGUCCCAUUUGUUGUGCUGCCAUUUACGCCA